UAAAUCUGGAGAAGUUGGUGCUUGGUGCUUGUAAGUGGAACAGAAAAUGCAGAAGCCACCAACUACAUUUAAAGGAUUCUUGGAAUUCCAGCAUUUGAAAGAUUGGCCAGAAGAUCCAUUCGUGGAAGAACCUCUGACUGUAGCAUGUACAGCUGACACAAAGUACUCAUUAGAUGUCAUAAACGAAGAUCUUUGUGGAAGUGUACCCUUCAGCAAAAAUAUUUAUGCAGAAAUUGAUGAAAAAGUUUCUAAAAUUACAUCUCUUCUUGACAAAUAUACCUCCCAAAUAUUGUGUUUACCGUGCUCUGAUGAUCAUCUGGCUCCCAUAACUGAAACAUUCCUUACAGAAGUUGACGUGCCAGAUUCAUCUCUGACGGCAAACUCACAAGUCAAAAUCAAGGCCUGUUUGUUCCCUGGAUUCAAAAGCUUGCAUGUUACAGAGCUACCUGGAAAGUUGGAGGCUGCACAGAUUCUAAAUUGUGUUGCAAAGAACCAGAGUUUAAAAGGUUCAAGAUUAAAAGUGUUUGAAAAGCUCUUUUUGUCAAGUGCCUCAGUCACUAUUCUUCAAGACUCAUUUUGGUGGCUGUUUCUUCAAAAAUUCAAGCCUGACGAUGAGCAACAAGACAAGUUUUUCAACAGGAUCUCAGAUAGUUUUGUGACCCUUUUCUGUGGUGCUCCCCAAGAAAUCAAGGACUUUUUUUUCAUGAUAUAUCCAGAUUGCAUGUCACAAUCCAUAUACACAGCAUUUUAUGAAGCAUUUCCAGACUCGCUGCCACUUUUCAAUGAUGAGUUCAAAAGUGAAAUUACUGACUUAAUUUUCGAGUGGAUGUCUGGUAUUAAACCCCUACCUCGUUUGUGGACAAAGUGGAAUUUAGGUUGGCUUGGUGGAAACAGUCCAAACCCUGCCAGAAAGGACAGAGAAACAUACAACGAUCUAUUGUCUACAAGCUUGAUUCAUGAUGGGAGAGGACAAUGGAACUUUAACAUUGAUGACUUAAUUCAAGAUGCUAGAGACACAAGUCUUCCCAAGACAGUAGAAGAAAAAGUGGUACCUGCAAGAGAGUCUCAUGGCAUUGGUCCUGGACCAGAAUUCCACCAUGUGCUUUUCAAGCUUGGAGGACACAGUCCGCUGGUCUUAAAUUAUCUUGAGAGGCAUAAAUUCACAACGUUUGUCUCAAGAGGCGCAAAUCACAAACUGAAGCGCACUGAAAUAAAAAAAUUACCGCCAGUUGGCCCAACCUAUCAAGAAGUCAUUAAGGAAACUCAAAAGCUAAGGAAAACUUUUCGACAUGACUAUGCAAUAUUGGAAGCAAAGACCCAAAAAGAACGUGCUGAAAUAGAGCUACAAAAACAGCGUGUCAACUUACAUAUUGAAAGGAUGAAGGAAGAGAUUUCAAAUGGAGUAAAACCUAAAACAACACGUUUAUUGGAAAAACUGCAAAGGAUGUCAUUUGCAAGCAACGUAUUUAAACAAGAAGGGUUGACCAUCAAAGAACUUCUCAAUUCAGAAAAUGGUUACGAACAGUCUUUCUAGAGCAAACUGCAAACCUGUUUUAGGUUGAUGUGCACAAUGUCAUGUAACAUUCUCAAAAUAAUUAAAGGCUUUUUGACCUCUC